AUGACUGAUUACUACGAAAAUGAAAUACAUAAAAAUACUUACCAUGUUCUCGAACGCGAUGGAGUUCAUGGACUUAAAGAAUACAUAGCGGAUAAUCUAGAAAAAUGGAAAAAGGUCCACGUACAUAUUGCAGUCACUGGAAACAGUGGCGCUGGAAAGUCUAGUUUUAUCAAUGCUAUGCGAGGUAUCUAUCAGUCAGAGAAGAAUGUAGCGAAGGAAGGCACGACAGAAACGACGAAAGAUAUAGUUCCGUACAGUCAUCCCGAUAAUGAAAGUAUACAUCUCUGGGAUCUUCCCGGGAUGGGUACAAUGGCAAUGCCAGCUGAGACAUAUGACGGACAAAUAGGCUUUGACAAAUUCGACUUCUUUGUGAUUGUAUGUUCCAAUUGA